GUGGGCCUAGUAUAUCGGAAAAAGCCCUUAGGGUUGGUUCCUUCGUGUCUCUCUAUUUAAUUCUCAUUUUGCGCCGCCUCAACAGCUUCUGCGACACCCCGAAGGCCUAUCUUCCUAUUAACCCGGCGAUCUGCGACUCUUCCGGGCGUCAGACAAAUGGUAGCGGCAAAGAAGACGAAGAAGUCCCAUGAGGGAAUCAACAGCAGAUUAGCCCUGGUCAUGAAGAGUGGAAAGUACACUCUCGGCUACAAAUCUGUCCUCAAAUCCCUUCGCAGCUCCAAAGGUAAGUUGAUUUUGAUCUCUAGCAACUGCCCUCCGUUAAGGAGAUCCGAGAUUGAGUACUACGCUAUGCUUGCUAAGGUCGGUGUUCAUCAUUACAAUGGCAACAAUGUCGAUUUGGGUACUGCUUGCGGAAAGUACUUCCGUGUUUCUUGCCUCAGUAUCGUUGAUCCUGGUGAUUCCGACAUCAUCAAGUCGCUUCCUGGAGACCAGUGAUUUUGGUUUGUUACGAGUUUGCUAUGUUUUUUGUCUGCUUUAUGCAAUGUGUUCUUGGAAAGACUGUGUUUGGUUUCUAAACUCCUACUUAUGGUUAAUUACUAUUUCGUCCCUAUUGAUGGAUUCAAUUGCAUGAAUGAAACUUUUUUUAGGUUAA